AUGUCCAGCAGCGCGGAGAGGACGAGGAUCGACCGAUUCCGCACCCGCUGCCGAGGUCACGUCUCCUCUGGGUGUCGCUGUGGCUGCGAUCUCGGCUGGAGGAAUCGCGCUUCUCUUCCGUGCGCCCGGCAUUGGAUUCCACACCGCUGGAUCGGCCCGGGAUGGAGCAGCAAUGGUGCUGGGGUUUCACUUCCAGGCGCCCCCAAACAGCAGCAUCUGGAUGAUCAGUCCAAACGCCCCGGUGUUCUAUCGCGGAUUCUACCAUCUCUUCUACCGAUUCACCACUCCAUCGUCGUCCAAGAGCAAGAACCAGAGCUCCUGGGGCCACGCCAUCGCCAAGGACCUCCUCCACUGGACGCAUCUCCCCGCGGCGCUGGAUCCCGGGCCAGAGAGGGCCCCGUCAUCCUCUACACUGGAAUCUCCAGCGAUGGCGCCACCACACAGAAUGCCGCUGUCCCGGUCGAUCCAGGCGACGCCAUGCUCAAGCACUGGAAGAAGAUCGCCCAAAACCCUCUCAUUCCAGCAGGAGGAAGGGUGGCGAUGAGAGAUCCAAGCAGCGCGUGGAGGGAUUCUUCUUGGCGGAUCCUUCUUGGCGGCGAGAAUGCCAGCGAUGGCGUUGGAUUGGUCUACUGGAGCAACGAUUUCCUGGACGGGGAGUGGAAGAGGCUGUAGACACCACUGCUGCGAAUGCCAGGAGCUGGGAUUUUGGAAUCUCCAGAUUUCUUCCAGGUUCCAUCGGCAGGAUUUGCAUCUCGUUGCUUUUAGCAAGGCCAGACUUUUUCGUGGAGUGGCUGCGCAGGAGCAAGGAGCUCGUUCUUGAGCUGGUGAAAGUCCUCCUCGGUAUCAGAGGUAAACUUUUGGAGUGCUGACGUUCUCCCGUUCUGGACGUGCUGCCUUGGGAGAUCAAGCAGAAGUUACAGGAAACGGUUUCUACGCCCAAAGAUCUGGAAAAAGACCUGUUGGAGCUCAUGGUGAUCACAGGUGAUCCUUUCCUCGUCUUGACGCGUCGAAGCGGUGGUCACGAUAAUGUACUGCGACGUGUUGGCAUCGAGCCUUCUCCCGUGGCUGCUCUGCAAAAAUCAGUCCAAGCGCUGCGAGAGAAGCUCGAGAAAGGGAAGAAACUUCUGGGCGACCACGUCAAAAGGCUGCUAACCAAUCGCUGGGACUUGCGAGAGUGGCAAUAAGCUUGAUCUCAUGUAGAUAGUACCAUAGAGCGAACUACGUAAAAUAGAAGAAACGUUAAUAGCAAACAACUAUAAGCAACAGAAACCUUAGCGAUACUUGAAAAAAAUAUUAACUUAGCCACAGUUAAAAUCACAACUUUUUACCUUUCGUUCUAUUGAUAAU